CCGGCGGCGAGGAUGGUGGGCGCCACCGCGGCGCAAGGCCCCGUGGGCUUGCACGAGCUGCUGCUGGCCGGGGUGGAGGGCGGCGGCGCGAGCACGGCCCCCGCCGCGACUACCGCCGCCCCCGCCCCCGCCGCCGCGACUGCUGCCGCCGGCACGACUGCCGCCACCGCGCCCGGCAGCGGCGGCAACGCCGGACCGCGGGGGGCGACGCCCGGGGAAGACGAGGAGGUGUGCGUGGUGGGCAUCUUCGGCAAGACCGCCUUGCAGCUCAGCUCGGAGAAGGCGGCCUUGGUGAACACGGUGUGCGACCGGCAAGUCUUCCCUCUCUUCCAGCGGGACGGAGAGGCCAGAACAUCGGCCGGAGGCGGCGGCGGCGGCGGCGGCGGUAGCGGAGGUGUAGAUCCAGCAGCCGAUUCUUCCCCCCCUCCUUCCCCCACCUCUGUUUCUUCCUCCUCUUCCUCCUCCUCCUCCUCCUCUUCCUCCUCCACCUCCUCCUCCGCCUUCUCUACUUCCUCUGCCUGCCAAGGCGACUACAACCUCCUGCAAGCCUACUAUAGCCAGGAAUGCAAAGUGCUCUACCUGGUGCUCACAUCCAUCUGUGACAGCCACCAGCUGCUGCAGGCGUGCAAAGACCUGGAUGCCAUGGGAGACGCCCGGGGGGGCCCUGGCGGCCCCGGGGUUCACUCGGCCCAGGGCAGCUCCCUGAUGCCCCACGCCGAGGCCCACGAGUUCUGGAAGCACCAGGAGAAACUGCACUGCCUGAGCCUGCUCUACCUCUUUUCCGUCUGCCACAUCCUGCUGAUGGUGCACCCCACCUGCUCCUUCGACAUCACCUACGACCGCGUCUUCCGGGCCCUGGACGGUCUGCGCCAGAAGGUCCUGCCCUCCCUCAAGGCGGCUAUCAAGGACUGUCCCGUGGGCAAAGACUGGAAGCUCAACUGCCGCCCGUGCCCUCCGCGGCUCCUCUUCCUUUUCCACCUCAACGGGGCCCUGAAAGUCGAGCCCCCGCCAGGCCGGGGGCAGGAGCUGUGCAGCCACCCGGAGAAACCUCCCCCCAAGAAGCACUCCCCCAAGCGGCGGCUGCAGCAUGCCUUGGAGGACCAAAUCUACCGCAUCUUCCGCAAGAGCCGUGUGCUGACCAACCAGAGCAUCAACUGCCUCUUCACCGUUCCGGCCAACCAGGCCUUUGUCUACAUUGUGGCUGGCGGGCCCCAGGAAGGCGAUGACCCCCUGGCAGUGCUGCUGGACCAGCUGCGGGGCAACUGCACCCGCCGUGAGGCAGAGUCCUCCUUGACGCCCGCCCUGGCGGGGCCGAGGCGCUACCAGCUGAUGCGGCACGGGCGGCAGCAGCUCUCCUUCCAGGCAGAGAGCAGCAGCAGCGUCAGCUCCUCGGGCCAGCUGGUGGACUGCACCUUGAAGGAGUUCCUCUUCCAGCACGUGGAGCUGGUCCUUGGCAAGAAGGGCUUUGACGACAGCGUGGGCCGGAAUCCGCAGCCCUCCCACUUCGAGCUGCCCACCUACCAGAAGUGGGUGGCCACCGCACUGAAGCUUUACGAGGUGGCCCUCGAGGGCAAAGAAGGGGACGCCUCCUCCCUCACUGGGGAGCUGACCUCCAAGAUUAUGAGCAGCAUGAAGGUCCUGGAGGGCUACCUUGACAUCGACACCAAGUUCUCGGAAAACCGCUGCCAGAAGGCCCUGCCCCUGGCCCACAGCGCCUACCAGUCCAACCUGCCGCACAACUACACCAUGACGGUGCACAAGAACCAGCUGGCCCAGGCCUUGCGGGUGUACAGCCAGCACGCCCGGGGCCCAGCCUUCCACAAGUACGCCCUCCAGCUCCACGAGGACUGCUACAAGUUCUGGAGCAACGGGCACCAGCUGUGCGAGGAGAGGAGCUUGACUGACCAGCACUGUGUCCAUAAAUUCCACUUGCUCCCCAAGUCAGGGGAGAAGCCCGAACCAGACAGGAACCCUCCAGUGCUGUAUCAUAACAGCCGGGCUCGCUGCACUAGUGCCUGCAAUUGUGGCAGAAAACAGGCUCCCCGAGAUGACCCUUUCGACAUCAAAGCGGCCAAUUACGACUUCUACCAGCUCCUGGAAGAGAAGUGUUGCGGGAAGCUGGACCAUAUCAAUUUCCCCGUGUUCCAGCCAAGCACACCAGACCCGGCGCCAGCCAAGAAUGAGGCAUCAUCCAGCCCUCCAGAAGGCGAAGCUGAGAAACUGAAGGAGAAGGAGCCACAGACUCAAGGGGAGAGCACCAGCUUGAGUCUUGCUCUCAGUCUGGGCCAGUCCACAGACAGCCUGGGGACCUACCCAGCUGACCCACAAGGUGGAGGGAACAACACAGAGGCUCACGGGCAGGCAGUGGAAUCCAAAAGCGAGAAGCGGCCAAGCUUGGUGGACCGCCAAGCCUCGACAGUUGAGUACUUGCCUGGGAUGCUUCAUUCGAAUUGUCCCAAGGGGCUCCUGCCCAAAUUCUCCAGCUGGUCCCUGGUCAAGCUCGGCCCGGCCAAGGCAUACAACUUCCACACUGGCUUAGACCAGCAGGGUUUCAUCCUAGGCACGAACUAUUUAAUGCCUUGGGACGUGGUCAUCCGGACACGGACAGACGAGGAGGGUGACCUGGACACCAAUUCCUGGCCAGCACCCAACAAGGCCAUCCCCGGGAAGAGAAGUUCAGUGGUCAUGGGGAGAGGGCGGCGACGAGAUGAUGUGGCCCGGGCCUUCGUGGGAUUCGAGUACGAGGAUGCUCGUGGCCGGCGGUUCAUGUGCUCGGGGCCCGAGAAAGUCAUGAAGGUGAUGGGCGGGGGGCCGAAGGAAUCGGCCCUCAAGGCCCUCAAUUCUGAUAUGCCUCUCUACAUCCUGUCAUCCAAUCCGGGGCGAGGCCUGAAGCCCCACUAUGCUCAGCUAAUGAGGCUCUUCGUGGUGGUCCCAGAUGCUCCACUUCAGAUAAUACUAACACCACAGAUUCAGCCAGGGCCGCCUCCAUGCCCGGUGUUUUACCCUGAGAAACAAGAGAUCACGCUCCCUCCUGACGGACUCUGGGUCCUUCGGUUUCCUUACGCCUACGUGACGGAACGGGGGCCUUGUUUCCCUCCCAAGGAAAACCAGCAGCUGAUGAGUUACAAGGUGGUUCGAGGAAUACUAAAAGCUGUAGUACAGUAGGACGUUUUGGAACUUGCUGUUGAAAUUCUUUCAUUUCUCUUGACUUCCCUCCCCCGUCCCCUACCAAAUUUGAAUGAUGGAUUUUGAUUACAAAGAGCUGACAAUUUGACAGCAAUCACUGUUUCAAUUUUUCUCAAGCCACUGCCCAUAAAGCCCUCGGUAUUGAAACUGUACAUGAUGUGCCGAGUCCUAUCAAUGAUGGAAAGUAGGUUAGCACUGGGGCGACCUUUAAGUUCUGGCCUCCACAGGGCUAUGGAUCCAAAUGAAGAAAGGGGAAAAUAAAGCAUAAAAGCUUACCUUCUGUUAAAUCAUUACUGUUCUCUGUUGCUUGUAUACAAGUGGAACGUGCCCCAAAAGAAUGCAGGAAUGUUUCUGUUCACAGUGCCAGGCAGGCCUUCUUCCGGUCAAAGGGCUCCGGCAGGUCAAUUCAUCAUCACCCUUGCCUCUUAGCUCUCCAUUUGGCUUUUCAAACAAACACUCAGCAUUCCAUGGUUCUGAAUCUGUUUGGCUAUUUUGUGCGCAGGAGGGAGAGUGUCACAUUUUGGGGUUCCCACCAACAUAAGCUGUUUUCUCCAGUGGCCCCUUUUCUGCCCCGUUUCAGUCAGCACACAGCAUCUGAAUUUGCUGUUAAAGGGAGUGAUGAUAUAAUGAAAGAGAAUGGUCUGAAAAAGAAGUAAGAUGUGUUGCAUUAAAGUCCCACUUUGAGUACUGUUGUUUAA